CUCUGCCGCACGCAGCACACCUGAGUGAGCGUCUAAAAAGGGUCCGCUCGCGAUCGCGCCUGAGCUCGUCACGUCACGUCACGUCGCAUAUACGGGCGAGCCACGACGAACACCGCUGCCCACGCGUAUCGGAGCGUGUGAGUUGGUGCGCAAGCUUCAAUCGACCUCAAGUUCAGGGAUGCUGAAUGCGCAACGUCUACGAGGUGUUGUCGAUGUUGUGCAUGGCUUCAAUGUCAGAGGCGAUCGCGAAUAAAACCCGGAUGAGGACAGCGACCCCUAUGACCAGCUCAAACGACGUCUGUCCGUCCUAACGUCACUCGUGUAAAGAUGGGGCGAUAUGCCUUCGCCACCGUAGCUCGCGGAUAUUUCAACAGUCUCGUCGCCAUGCCACGAGCCAGUUUAGCGCUCGCGACACAGUCCAACAAGCCCUUCACAGCUCAACAACGCCUUAGACCACGAUACCAUGUCGAUGUCUAGCUUGGGAAGCAGUUCUAUGGGAGAUUCGUCCAACGAUGAAGAAGUGUCUGAGCUCCGCGACUGGGCUGCGACAGACUUCUGCUUGGGGAAAAAAUACUUUGAGUUUACACUUCUCAGAGUCAUCGUGAAGGAUCACUCCGUCUGUGAUCCCACAAUGCUUGAUUCUCUCCUAUUCGAAAGAGAGCACCACUAUCCUUUUGAUCAGAAUGUCAAAUACCUCCAGGACCAACUUCGCCGUGAGCUCUGGCGUGACACCUGUACAGAGUAUGACGAUCUGAUGGUCACUAUCGGUCGCAUUCAACGACUGGGAACUGCGGAAGACAAGACCCGUCUCAAAAAGAGUUUGAAUCGUUUCGGGGGCGACCCCGCCAGCGGUGUCCAGCGCGAUAGAGAAACGAGCCCUCCCACUCCCUCACCACCAAUGCCUUCUUCUCCAACCCACGCUUUCACACAGCAGCCGAAUGGCGCGCGGAGGAGAUCUCCAGACAUGACUACGUCUGGGCCUCCCACCGACGCGACCGCGAGCCCCUUGCACAUAUCAACGCUGCAGGAGUACGGGAAUGCUAUCGGAGAGGUCCCGAACUACACACGUGAAACCCACGAUGGGCCUCCACCGCAGACAGACGUGACAGUGACGUUUCUUGGGCGUACUCUGUCGUCUAGAGCAAGGACCGCUAGGAAAGCGAAGCAGCAGGUGGCGAAAGCGGCUUGUGCAGAAUUAGGUCUGCAUGUUGCGCCCCAAUGACUUCAUCUUGCGUCUCGGCUUGGAUAUGCGAGAGGCCGCUCAAUUGCCUGCUGAGUAGCCUAGUUAUUAACUGUACAGAGAAGCAUUUGUUUACGAC